AUAUCCGCUACAUCAACACAGAGUUAAAAGGAUUUGAUAUGGAAGUCGCGAUAUCUUUAUGAAUACUAGUGUAUGGGAACGAGCGAAGUCGUAAAGAUGAGAAAACUAAAACUCCAUUUUUCGACUGUUAUUUUACUUCUGCGAGAUCCAAAAAUUUGUCUUCUAUUGUUUCUUAUAGGAGCAGGAAUUGUGUUACAUUUGCGUACACGACACGAAAGCGUCAGAAUAGAUGAACGUGCUGCCAACUUUCGACAACGUCUCCUGCAUCAAGACUUAAGCGAUGAAAGAGAAAAUGAUAGAGGAUACAUGGAAACAGAAAAUCAGGGAAUUAAGGAGGAGAAAAGGGAAAAAUCAUUGUUACAGAGUCAGCGACAGGAAUAUGCUCGAGCUGCUAGUAACCUAAAGCUUAUACCGGACUUACACCACCAACAUCGGGUGAACAUUGACCAGCACAGGGAUCAAGAGAAGACACCAAGUGAAACACUUUCAAAGUUUUCUCCUAAACUGUAUCCACUUGAUUUCAAUUUAACCAGAAUUCUGCACCAGUACAAAAGGAAAGAAAAUGCUGAUUUACAACCAAUCAAUGUGUUAAAUUAUCGCUAUUUAAUCAAUCCAGGUCACACCUGUAGUGGGUCAGAUCUCAUACGGGUUUUAUUCAUUGUUAAAAGCUCCCCACACCAUUUUUCACAACGAGAAAUCAUUCGCGAUACUUGGGCUGACAGAAAACGGUUCCCGUGGGCUCGGACAAUCUUUUCCUUUGGAAUACCAAACAAAAACAACGUGACGUUAGCAGAUCUACACGAGGAAUCCGUUAGACACCAAGACAUUUUCCUUGUUAGUUACCUGGAUAGCUAUUUAAACCUAACCUUGAAGACAAUGAGUGGGUUGAAGUGGGCGGUAAGCAACUGUCACCGUGCUAUGCAUGUCGUUUCUGUAGACGAUGAUGUAUACGUCGCACCCGAUUUAUUACUCAGCUUUCUGGACAAUCUUCCUCGGUGGAAAGCAGAAACAUUAUUCUCUGGCCAUCGUCUUACAGGCACGAAACCAAUACGGGUCUCUUCAUCCAAAUGGUACACACCAAAGACUGAGUACCCUUUCAAAAAUUACCCGCCUUAUAUUUUCGGAGGAUUUGUUAUUAUGUCUAUGUCAACAGUGAGGAACUUCACGAUAGCAGCUAUGUAUACCAAACUAUUUAAAUUUGAGGAUGUGUAUUUAGGAAUUCUAGCGUCCAAACUUGGAAUAAAGAUCCGAGAUAAUAUAUUCGUUAACUCAGGACGGGCAUUCACCGUAUCAUCCGCAUUCAAAACCACAAUUGCUUCUCAUUAUUACGGUAAUCCAAAAGAUUUAAGAAAAGCGUGGGACUGCCAUUUGAGUAUCCUAGACCAGCACGAAGAUAAGGCAGUGUUUUGUGACUAUAUAGGCAAGCGACUAAAGCAGCUGAAAUCUGAAAUAAAUAGUAUAGCCGACUGGAUGGAAUUCGUACAGAAAAGGUCAAGCACUUGAAGUUGGUAUCCAGUAAUGAGUGGUGUUCCUACUUUUUAUUUUAGAUAGGGUUUGGACAACCUUCCAUACCAAUGUAAACAUGAUGUAACCGAUUUAAAUUUUCAGUUUUCAAGAAUAAUUAAAGACGUGAAGGAAAAAUACUAACACCUCGCCUUUCACAAGGCCAGGAUAACAAGAUGUAGGAGGCGUUUGAAAAUAACCCCGUGUAUUUAGUUAAUUUAUCAGAUAUGUUUUAUUUCCCUAUCAUAUCUCGACGAAUAAAAGGUGAACUACAAAAUGGUUGAUGUUUUGAGGCAGUGAGAGAGUUUAGUUAGUUUCAGUAGAUACAUUAUUUUACAAAUAUUUUAUAUAUUACUAUCAUUUUUAAAAAGGUAAUUUACCUACGUGGUGGAUACACAUUUCUUUGAUUUAUCCGAUACUAAAAAAGACGUCUGUUGGUGCCUUUACCCAUGAUCGCUAGAUGUUUUAUCAUAGCUUGGUUAUCAUGUUAAAUAACGCGGAAACCAUUUGUGCUGUUGAAGAGAGGACAGGUUUUUAUUGGAGAUAGGUCCCCAGUGGGAAAUAAGGUUAGUUAUUCAACACCUGUAUGAGGGACGGGUUUGUACGGUGACGUCCUAAAGGAGAGAUCGUUCUUUGUACAAUGAAGUUUUAUUAUAUACUUACCUGUUACAUACCACAGGCCUAGGUGGACGGUACAACGAUUGACAACGUGUGAAGGAGCGAUUUACCAUAUUCCAUUAUCCCCUGAAUAACAAUGCAUAGCCAGCCUUAAUGUAUUCUUGUAGUCCAACGGACCAGAACUGUAGAGAGUGGUGUUGUUAAUCUCUUAACCAGGGACCACUUGGUAAUGUUUACAUAAGUACUCUGGACAAUACUUAAAAUCGAUCUGUUCCGUUAUAUGUACGAACCCUAUUUAACUUCCUUACAAUCAGCGAUUACACAAUACAAAUACAGCUUUAACCACGUUGUUCACUUCUUUAGCCUGGGGUAGAAUAUGUAACUUUAAUCUUGUCUUUUAAGAGGGGUAGUCAUCACUCUGUUUUCGCUAGACAUGUCAAAUACAUUACUUAGCGUACGGCACUGGUAUGUUGUGUUUUUGUUUAUCCAACUUGAAUGGUUUAUAAACAGCUUACAACUCAUUUUAGGAAUGCGCAAAAUUCUUCAAUUGAUGUUAAUUAAGAGCCUUCCUAGUUUUUUUUAUAACAUAAAAACUCAACCAAGUUAAGCUUCGUGAUCCCCUAUGGGUACAUCUUCAUUAGAUUUUCUUCAAAUCUGCUCAGUUACAUCAACAAUUCGUAAGUGAAAUAUGUAAUAAACUUCUAAAAUCAAGUAACAUCCGCGGACAAUGACAGAAAAGCAUGGG